AACUAGGCAAGUCAGUUAAAAACAAAUUCGUAUUUACAAUGACGGCCUAGGAACAUAUAUACACGCAUGACUUACAUAUACUGUACAUGUAUAACAAAUAGGCUGUUGUGCUUCAAUCACUGUUCUUGUUUUCCAUUCUGAAUAACUAAAAUGUGUAGCUACAACAUCAUGUCAAAACAAAUGCUCAGUAAUUAAUAGAUAACAUGUAGGAUUGUUCUUGUUGAAAUGAGGAGCAUAAAUCACUUCUAUAUAAAUGCGCAGUACUUGUAGCCUCCAACAAUGAUCAGAGGGCAUGUACAUUCAGCUCAUUUGAUUGGCUCUGAAGUGUUCCGUCAAUAGUCUUGCGACAUUUUUUCAACAAAUAAAAAGUCUGUAUUGAAGUGGAGACGUUUCGGACACUGCGGUCCUCACACGCCACCACAUCUGCACGGAUUUGAACUCCUCUUUUGGACCGACUGAACAGGACCCAGAAGUACGCUGUUCAUUGAGUGUUACAAAGUAACCGAACGGAAUCGUUUCAGCUACAUUGUAGCAAGGAAUAUUGACUUUUUAAUCUCGAACAAAGAUGACUUCAUUCAAUAAGGGACCAGCCUACGGAUUAUCCGCAGAGGUGAAAAGCAAAAUCGCAGGGAAAUAUGACAUGCAAAAGGAGGAGGAGCUUCGGUUCUGGAUCGAGGAAGUGACAGGGAUGGUCAUAGGAGAGAACUUCCAGAUGGGUCUGAAGGACGGAAUCAUCCUGGGAGAAUUGAUAAACAAACUGCAGCCCGGCUCGAUAAAGAAAAUUAACCACUCACAACUGAACUGGCACAAGCUUGAGAACCUUGGCAACUUCAUCAAAGCCAUCCUGGCCUACGGCAUGAAGCCUAAUGACAUCUUUGAGGCCAACGACCUGUUUGAGAACGGCAACAUGACCCAAGUCCAGAGCACAUUGCUCUCCCUGGCCAGCAUGGCAAAGACCAAAGGCAUUCACACAUCGUGCGACAUUGGUGUAAAAUACGCAGACAAACAGAAACGCCAUUUUGAUGACAAGAAGAUCAAGGCUGGACAGUGUGUCAUCGGACUGCAGAUGGGGACCAACAAGUGUGCAAGCCAGGCUGGUAUGACAGCGUACGGGACCAGGAGACAUCUUUACGACCCAAAGACCCAGACAGACAAGCCUUACGACCAGACCACCAUCAGUCUGCAGAUGGGCACCAACAAAGGAGCCAGCCAGGCCGGUAUGUCCUGCCCGGGAACGCGUCGUGACAUCUUCGACAAUAAGCAGGUGCAGCAAGUGGACAACUCCACCAUAUCCUUGCAGAUGGGCACCAACAAGGCAGCGUCCCAGAAGGGCAUGAGCGCAUAUGGCCUAGGACGCCAGGUGUACGACCCCAAGUACUGCGGCUCGCCCACCGAGCCUGUCAUUCAUGCUGACGGGAGCCUGGGCACCAACUGCUCAGAGAUCAGCGACAGUGACUAUCAGGCUGAGGAGAUCCUCCACGAGGGAGAGGGGGAGGAGUACCCAGUGGCUUAUCAUGAAGAGGACGACUACAGCGACGUGGCCCACUACAACGAGGUCGACCAGGGCAUCGACUAUUAGGGCUGUCCCCUCAGGGCCAUCCGGCACUAGCCUGGUCCCAGAUCUGUCUGUGCUGCCAGGCUAAUCCGGCUCCACCAUAACAGCCGCUAGACGGAACAGUUAAAAACAGUGUAUUUUAUCCACGACAAACAGAUCCAGUCUUUUUUCCUCGGUAGCCUUCUUUUUAUUGUCGUUUUUAAAUUGAAGCAUAAGAGAGGAAAUGUUGCCUUGUGUUCAUUACUUCUUCACCUCCUCCCAACUCUUCUUCCAUUAUGAGCAGCAGUGGUUUCAGUCAGUUAAAGUAUGUAAUGUCCUGAGAUCCAGUGCUUAGGAUGUGCGAUAUUAGGAUUGAGAACAUUCCUUCUAAAUCAACUGUUACAUUAUGAGGUAUGGGACACUGUGGACGUAAAUGUUGUAUCAUCUGCAGCCAUUUCAUGUUUUUUAUCCCCAGACUGCUUUUACUCAUCCCUUUAAAAGGAAUUCACACAAUUAAAAUUAAAAGGUUCACCAGC